GAAGGGGGGCUGCGCCCGCGGGGGCGGCGGGCAGGGCGGCUCUCCCGCGCUCGGCUCUUCCCCGCAGCCGUUCUCCGUCUCGUCCUACCGCGGAGAGAGAUGCGACAGCGGCAGCCCGGUCCCCCGGGGAAGGACGGGACUCGGAGACUCCUCCUUUAAUGGUACGGAACCAAUUUGACCUGUGAUUUUGAGCAACAUUUUAAAGAGUUAACACGAUCAUGUUUCGUUGAAAGUACUGAUGAGCACCCAGGACUCUGAAGACAGCAGUUUUGUGCAAGAUAAGAAUGUUCCUUAAAGAAGCUGAUGGAGGAUAGAACACCAGAGUUCCUGGCAGACUCUGACAGCAUAAGAUGGCACCGUAGUCUAGUCUGAAAUUGUCUUUGCAGUCCAGCUGUUAUGGAGUCAGUGGAUGAAGCUGAAGGACAGCAAGGACAGCUGAACAGGAAGGAGCAGUCCCUGAAAACCUCCCAGAAAACGGCACUACUUGGCUGGGCUGCCCGGUGGAAUGGAUUAAUGCCUGGAGACAGCAUGUAUCUGUUUGUCCUCUCACAGAUCCUGCUUCUCUGCAUGAUGCUCUGGUGCAGCAUUUAUGGGACCAUCCCAGCAGCUCAGAAUGCCUUUGACCUGCUGUCUUACUUGCUUACCCCAUUUAAACAGUUUUUGUCAGAUCAAGGGGAGGACCUGACUAGAAUUGGGACCAUUGUGGUAUCAUAUGUCUUGCUGUCUUUAGCUUCUCUAGGACUGUUAUUUGUAGGAUCUCUGUUUUGGCAUCUACUCAGAGCCCGUCCAGACCUCUCCUUUCCACUACAAGAGGACAGACGCCAAUCUGUGAGUCGACAGCCUUCCUUCACAUACUCGGAGUGGACAGAGGAUAAAAAUGAGGAUGACUUCCUAGAUUUGGAUCCUGUACCAGAGACUCCGGUCUUUGACUGCGUAAUGGACAUUAAAGCGGAGACAGAUCCGGCUACUCUAACGGUUAAGUCCGUGGGCUUGCAAGAAAGGAGAGGCUCAAAUGUUUCACUCACACUGGAUAUGUGUACCCCAGGCUGUUCUGAGCAAGGUUUUGGCUAUAUCAUGUCUCCACGGGAACAGUCAGCCCAAGAAUACCUCCAGACAGCAUCGAACAUCCUUACUGAAGAGGAACUGCACAAGAAGGCACUGGAUCCUUUCAUACUCCAGGCAGAGUUCUUUGAAAUUCCAAUGAACUUUGUGGAUCCAAAGGAAUAUGAUAUUCCAGGCUUAGUGCGUAAGAAUCGCUACAAAACAAUUCUCCCAAAUCCUCACAGCAGAGUGUGCCUUACCUCAGCUGAUCAGGACGACCCCCUUAGCUCUUACAUCAAUGCUAACUACAUCAGGGGCUAUGGAGGAGAGGAAAAGGUAUAUAUUGCUACUCAGGGACCGAUAGUUAAUACUGUCAGUGAUUUCUGGAGAAUGGUGUGGCAGGAGCGUUCUCCCAUCAUUGUCAUGAUUACCAAUAUAGAAGAGAUGAAUGAGAAAUGCACAGAGUAUUGGCCAGAGGAACAGGUCACCUAUGAAGGAAUAGAAAUCACAGUUAACAGAGUCAUACAAGAAGACGAUUACCGUUUAAGGCUCAUCACCCUAAAGAAAGGAGAAGAAGUCAGAAACCUGAAACACUAUUGGUACACGUCUUGGCCAGACCAGAAGACACCAGAUCAAGCUCCCCCUCUGUUACAGCUAGUGCUGGAAGUGGAAGAGGCGAUGCAGAGUGCAGAAGAGAAGAAUGCGCCGGUGAUUGUUCACUGCAGUGCAGGCAUCGGGAGGACUGGCUGCUUUAUUGCAACUAGUGUCUGUUGUAAACAGCUGAAGAGCGAGGGCAUAGUUGACAUAUUGCGAACAGCCUGCCAGUUACGGUUAGACAGGGGAGGAAUGAUCCAGACCUGUGAACAGUAUCAAUUUGUCCAUCAUGUCAUGAGCUUGUAUGGAAAACAGCUUUCUAGAGCAGCAGAAGAAUAAAUGUUCAUGAUAUUCCUAAAGGCUAAAACCAAGAGAAACUUUGACUGCAUUCAGAUGUAUUUCAUAUCCGCUAAGAGACACAUGGUAACCUGUCUGUCUUAGCUGGAAAGAAAGAAAUGUUAUUUUACUUUGAUACUGCUUUUCUGCUCUUGUUUGCAUUGACAUUUAAGAGCUGAGGUACACCUUGUCUUAAACAUACGUGAUGGGACAUAAUCUUCACCAAAAAAAAGGCUUAUUUAUACUGUAAAUAAGAGUAGUAGCUUCAUUUGUUACAAAAGCAAGAAAAAAAUCAGAAAAAAAUCCACUGUCUUCAGUUUGCUAUUUUUAAAAAAAACCCCAUUGUUAAUAUAUCUAAAUACAGUGUGAAACUUUUUGAAUUGUCAUGCUGAAAUGUGCUGUAUGUUGACUAAGCUUGAAAGUAAAAUUUUGCCUCUUUCUGAUUGUUUUUACAUAUAAAAUUACCGAAUACUGUGUAUAUCGUAAACCUUCUGAGCCUCUGCAUUGAAAGAUUCACAUUGAAAUAAUGUUUCACACAUCAUAUUUGCUUGUUUAUUUUUUCUAAAGCAGUCCACCACCAGUGUUGUUAGAACUAAGAGGGGAAAAAUAUUUUGGUGAUAAGGGCCAAAUUCUUACCCCUAAUUCUUACCAGCAACGUAUCCCAGUAUCAUGACAGAUGGGUGAAUCUGAGGUGAAGAGUAGAAAUGGAAUCUUAACAUAAAUUCUUCACACUUUAUCUUUUCUUUGUCAAUAUUUUGACCUCUCAGUCUGCAACCAGAGUUGAUUUUUGCAAAACCACAAUCCGAAUAAAAUUUUCCCUGAAAUGUGAGGUUUGAAAUCAGGUGAGGAACUCUGUGACUUGAAUCCAUCUUUGUUAAAAAUGUAGUAAUAAAAUCACUUGUGUUCUAGGAAUUUAAGUUUGUUUCAAAGCUUAGAGGGUGAUCAGGUGCCCAGUGCUUAUUAAAGUUAACACAAAUCCUAUAGGCAGCUUUAAGAAACAUCAGUCUGAACAUGUUGGCUGUUUUUUGAUAAAUUUGCCCUCAAACCAAGUUCAGACAAUCAUUCUCCCUUUCUAGUCACUAGUAUUGGCAGCAGUGUUUACUAUACUAUAUAUAUUAUAUAUCCUAUAGUAAUGCAGACUGCUAGCCCAUGCUUUUCUUUUCAGACCUCAGUCAGGCUGUGAAGACUAGUUUGUGUUUAAUGCGUAGAGGUAAGCACGUGUUUAAGUGCUUUAUAGAGAAGAGGAAAAAAAUGGAGGUACAUAGGACCCUUAACAUGAAAGAUGAGUGUUUUGUGAAUAGAAGCUGUAAUGAUCUACUAAAAAUAUUUUUGCUUCUCUUUAUUUGUAACAAUAACCAAACCCCAUCACUUUUAUUAGUGUGGGAGAUUGUGAGCAUUUACCUUCCUAACAGGAGAAGGUGAAGCAGCUCUCUGAACAAUAAGGGCUGAUCCUGCUCCCACUGAGGUUUUGCCAUUGACGUCAGUAGGUGCAGGGUGUAGGACCUUACAUGUUAUGCCUACAACUUCAUCACUGUGGGGAAAGUUUCCCUGUAUUUCAGUACACAUCCUUUGUGUAUCCAUGAACCUGUAAAAAUCCUGUCAGCAGGGUUUGCAUGAAUGUGUGGCAAAAUGUGUUAUCUUUAAACCACUUGAUUUUAUUGCUGUAUUUAAAAUAUCUCCUUCAGUGAGAAGCUAGCAGGAAGAACUGGCAUUCUUUUUAAAAGUACUGGUGGUAGUCAUUAAAUAGAGCAAUAAACUUAAGCUUUUGAGCAUAAUAUGACUGUUAGUUUUAUGUAAACCUUGCUAGCUAUAUUCUUUCCAUUGCUCAGAUUCUUUCAAAAGGGUAACACUAUUCCAUCUGAGCACUCCUUAGAAAUGACAAAAGCACCACUGAUGUUUUGAGUGACAUUGUAAGUGGAACUCCACAUAAAUGAUGUUUUCAGUUGUUCAGUGCCCUUCAGUGUCAAAACUGACUUGGUGAAUAAAAUUACUUGUUCUGUCACCAGCUUCCUGUACAUCUGCUAAAGAAUAUUUGUUGAUGAUUGUUAGGAGUGUGGAUAUAGGAGCGAAGUUCAAUGUGUAAGUUGCCUCCUGUACAAGGAGACUUUCUAGAGGAGAAUUGUUUUAUGGCAAACAAGGUGUAAAAGGCUCUAAGCUUCUGACUUUGAGGUCCUUGCACAGAUCCUCAGCAGUAUUAGUUGGCAGUGCUUGACUGACUUGAGUAGAGGUGAGCAAUUUAUACUUAUGAAGGAAAUCCAGCUUGCUGUCCACUCCCAUUCUACAUAUGUGGAAUGUCCUGAGAGUGUGGUCACUGAUAAAAUCAGGCUGCUUUGCAUCAAUUCACUAGUACAAAGCAAAUGUCAGCCUAGUUUCUCAGUCCACUUAUGAUGGCUGCAGUGCUGCCAUUUCACACUAGAAAAGAGCAUACCACUUGAUUGGGAUCAAAAUACUCAAAUGUCUCUUGAAGUGUUAUUUUGUCUAACAGAUUUAGAGCUAAUCCUCCUGUUUACUCUUUGGCCUUACUGUAAUUAACAUAUUUCUCUCCUUUUCUCUUUUUUAAAAAAGAAUUUGAGGUCUGAAGGACCUUAUAGCAGCAUUUCUGAUCUCUUCUGAUGACAGAGUUAGUCUUAAGAAGUGCUUAGGAUUAGCAGCAAGGAGCUCUGGCCAUGCAGAAGCACUUGACAUGAGUGGGGCUUCUGCUUCUGUAAUCAGUAGGUUUAAAAAUGAACUGAUAAUAGAAACUAAGCUAAGCUAUGUGUCUUACUACACUUCUCUUUUUACUGGGCACUCCUUCUCUAUUAAAAGAAAACUCCUAUCACACUUCAUCCACUCUCUCCAGCUCACUGGCCAGGCCUCCUUGUACCAGACGCUGCAGCAUUAAUACCUACAAUGCAGUUGCUUCCCAGAGGAUCAAAUUUCUCUCUCCUUGAAGUUUAGCAUAUAACAAACUUGAGUUGAUUACAUUUAGAGCCAACUGUGAUGUCUUCUGUUUCAUAAGCUUUUUCACACUUCAUGCACAGGGCAGACCCUAGCUCAGGGCCUCGCUUGGUCAUUUGGCCAUCACUCUUUAGCAGUAUUAUCCUUUUUAUGUUACUAUUAUGAUAACAGACUACGGACGUGCUCUGUCCUUUUGCAGGUACCUGGGGUUAUGUAAAAGCAAAAACUAAGAUUACACCUGAGAGCAGGAGCUGUCUCCAGGUAAAGGUGACUUGGUCAAAGUAUUGAUGCAUCAGCUACCUAGCAGUCAUGUAUGGUAGAGUGUUUCCUUCACUUGAAAUACUUACAGAAGUAGCUAAAAAUUCCAGAUGUUUCCUCUACAACUAGUCUAUGUUAGAAAAUUUAUCUUUAACCUGUGAAUUUGCAGUUGCAAAAGGCCUUGAGACUGAAGAGAUCACUAAAACAGGACUGUGAUUCCUGUCACUUACCUGCUGUCUCUGCAGUGGAGGAACCAUGCAGCUUGCGCACAGGUAGUCUUAGAAAAGGUAUGUCUGUUGAUUGGUAAGUUGACAGGUUUUAGAAGUGGACCUGCACUACUCUUUUUUUAUGUGUUCUUUCCCUUGAAACCAUUUUUACAAAAGGGAAGUGAUAAAUUUACAAUUUGUUAAUUGUAACUCUGUGUGCCUUUAUUUUUGAUGUGAAACACACCUUACACAUUUUCUAGAGAGAAAAAACAAAGCAUUUUUACUGAGAUACAUUGGGGAUUAUCUUGUUUCUUCUGCCAGCUCUGUAGAUUUGUGUUUGCUGAUAUAUAUUUACUGAUACAGAUCAGGCUCCAGCACCUGAAUAAAACAGAUGCAACAUUGUCAUGGGAUGGUGUGAAAGCCACAGAAGGGGGUACAAUUAACUUUAGUGCAGAAGACCUGCUGAAGCUUGUGCGCCAUGUAAUGCUCAGCAGGGCAGCAAGUGUCAGGUUUAUUCAGCUGAUAGCAAAACUGAAUGCAGAGAAAGGCUGAAUUAUUUACUAAGAAUUAAAAGUCAUGUUGGCACCAGAGCUGGCAGUAUGGCUCAGAACAUUUAAGACAAUAAAGCUUUAACAGUCUGUCAAAUGAUGUAACAACAUAGCCCACAAGAGGCCAGUAUAUAUUUAAAUUUUGAUCUACUCAAAGGCGUGUUUGUCCAGUGUCAGGGGACCCAGACAUCUUCCUAGGAAUGCAACCAUCUACAGGACUUCAUAUGAGCUGAGGGACAUAGAAGGGUCAGCAGUGAUCUUGAAAGCUCCUGUCUCUUACU